AUGGAGAAACAAUCAAAGACUUCUGUAACUGUUGACUGUGCACCAGCUUUCGAUUUUUCUAAUUGUUUUAGAAAUCAGGCUAUACAAAAGAUGGGUGCUAAAAUGCCAACUUUAACAAGUACAGGAACAACUAUUGUUGCCUGUGUUUAUAAAGAUGGUGUUUUGAUGGGUGCUGAUUCUCGUGCUACAGCUGGAAAUAUAACAGCUGAUAAGGCAUGUAUGAAAGUUCACAAAAUAACUGAUUCAAUGUAUGCUUGUGGAGCUGGUACAGCUGCUGAUUUAGAUCAGGUAACAAAAAUGCUUUCUUCUCAAAUGAGAUUACUUGAAUUAAAUACUGGAAAAAAAGCUCGUGUUGUUGCUGCACUUCGUCAUGUAAAACAAUAUCUUUUCCAAUACCAAGGAUAUGUUGGAGCUUAUCUUUUAAUAGGUGGUGUUGAUCCUACUGGUCCACAUCUUUAUACUGUAUCUGCUAAUGGUUUCACUUUGUCAAGAGCUUACAGUGCUGAAGGUUCUGGAAGUUAUGCAGCUAUCUCUGUCUUAGAAAGAGGUUUCAAAUUUAACAUGACCAAAGAGGAGGCAAAAGAAUUAGUACAAAAAGCUCUUGAAGCUGGUAUGCAUGGUGAUAAUGCAUCUGGAAAUUCUUUAAAUUUAGUCGAUAUAACAAUAGAUAAAACUGAAUUUGUUGGACCAAUAGUACCAGAUUUUUGUAAAAGACCAGAACCAAUAGAGUUGAAGUAUGAUUUUAAACCCGGUACAACACACGUUUUAAGAACUAAAAUAGUUAAAUAUGAUGUUGUCGAAAGCAUGGAACUCGAGUAA